AUGGAAAAACGAACUUCUACCGACGUUACAUGUGAAAACGAGGUGGACGAAAUUUCCACUUUUCAAAAUAACGAUUUUAACGUAAUUACAAAACCUCAGUUUAAUAAUGACAUUGUCGGAACUCAUAAAAAUCUACAAAACUCACAAUGUAUAGACCACCAACCUUUUGCUACAACACAACCAACUAUCACUUCAUUAUACAACUCACUUAAAACGACAUGCGCAACGAUAUAUCCGGAAUUAUUGGAAGGUGAGGAAACGCCCAAGAUGGAAAAUGGUGAUGCUGGUAGUAGUAGUAGUUCGAGUGGAGAAUAUGUUAAUGAAGGUUUAGAAUUAUGGAAUAGGAGGCGAGAGAUGUGGAUUAAAGGAAACAUUGACAAUUCGGGACCUUCAUCCAACCGUAAUAAUCCAGCAUUGGCCAAUAUCACGCCAAAUAAUUAUCAUUCGAUAUAUGAUUCAUUGGUUCACGAAAAGAAAAAGCUGGCGAAACCAGUUCCGUUGCCUUACGUAAUAAAGAUAUUAGUGAGCGGAUGGAAAAGAGACGGAGUUUUACCUAGUGAUCAUCCUUCUGGUCAUCCUUCCGGUCCAAACAAUCAACACACCCCUUACUAA